ACGUCAUCACACCGCGUUGGUAAACCAAAGCGUGUGUCGCGUCGUCGAUGAAAAGGAGCAAAACUGACAUAUCCAUUAAAAAAAACUCUGGAAUUUGUGUACAUUUUGUCCAGUUGGAUUAUUUAAGACGACAUGGACGACGAGGAGGAAACUUACAGGUUGUGGAAAAUCCGCAAAACCAUCAUGCAGCUCUGCCAUGAUAGAGGCUAUUUAGUGACACAAGACGAGUUGGAUCAGACUCUGGAGGAGUUCAAGAGUCAGUUUGGAGACAAACCCAGCGAAGGCAGGCCUAGGCGUACAGACCUUACAGUGUUGGUGGCACAUAAUGAUGAUCCCACCGACCAGAUGUUUGUUUUCUUUCCUGAGGAACCCAAGGUGGGGAUUAAGACUAUUAAGAUGUACUGCCAGAGGAUGCAGGAAGAGAACAUCACAAGAGCCAUCAUCGUUGUUCAAAUGGGCAUGACGCCAUCAGCCAAACAGUCUCUAGUGGACAUGGCACCCAAGUACAUAUUGGAACAGUUUCUGCAACAGGAGCUGCUUAUUAACAUCACAGAGCAUGAGCUUGUUCCUGAGCACAUUGUCAUGACAAAAGAGGAAGUGACUGAACUUCUGGCAAGAUAUAAAUUAAAGGAAAGCCAGUUACCAAGGAUACAGGCUGGAGACCCCGUGGCUCGCUACUUUGGCUUGAAGAGGGGACAGGUCGUAAAAAUCAUCAGACCCAGUGAAACUGCUGGAAGGUACAUCACCUACAGGCUGGUCCAGUGAUGGGAAGCUCUUCUGAAUCGACCUUCAAGACCAUUUAAGUCCAGUUUUCGCUCAUCUGUGGAAUAUCUCUUUGUUUUUAACCUAGAUUCCAUUAUGGUUUGUAUUUGCUGAUUUUUGUAAAAUAAAGUGAAAAUCUAA